AUGGCAGCAAUCUCCGCGCAAAAGGUUGCCGUGCGGUCUUUGAUCCGGGGCAUCACCUUGUGGUGUGGAGCUGUAGGUAGUUUGGCGAGUCGGCUAGCUCCGUUUUCCAGAUUGCCUUUCAGAGCCCGGCAUUCUCAGGCUUGCCCGAACAGCUGUGCUUUCAGCAUGUCGGCAGUGUCCACAAGAGGGCGCUUCUCCCCGCUUGGAGCUCAGGUGCUGCGGUACACCACAGGAAUCGAAGAGCCGAACAUAUCCGGACUGUCAGACAAAGCUGUGUGUCAAGCAACCACAGGGUGGACCGAAAUUAGGCUUGCGGCCAAAACAGAGUAA